GAGGAAGGAGGAGGGCUUUACUCGGUGUGACUGGUUAGACACUAAUGUGCUGAUCUCAGAUGACCAACAUUUCAAAUGGAGGAGACAUCUCUGCAGCUGCUGCUGGUUCUGACUUCACUGCUGAUCAGCACAACAAACCAAGCCUCUCUGACUGUGAGUCCCAGCAGCUCUCAGAUGUUUGAAGGACAACCUGUCUCUCUGAGCUGUGAGGAGGACGACAGCUCUGCUGGAUGGACUCUGAGGAGGAACACAACCAGAGAAACCAGGACUCAGUGUGGACCUGACUGGGGAAGAUCUGCUGGUUCUUCCUGUAAAAUCAGCCACAUUGUCCCAUCGGACAAUGGAGUUUACUGGUGUGAGUCCAGAGAGGGAGCAACCAGUAACAGCAUCAACAUCACUGUCACUGGUGGACCAGUGAUCCUGCAGAGUCCUGUCCUCCCUGUGAUGGAGGGAGAAGACCUCACUCUGCACUGUAAAACAAAGACGUCCUCCAACCUCCCAGCUGAUUUCUAUAAAGAUGGCUCCUUCAUCAGGACUGAGCCUGCAGGUCACAUGACCAUCCACCAUGUUUCCAGGUCUGAUGAAGGCCUCUACAAGUGCAACAUCAGCAGUGAUGGAGAGUCUCCACCCAGCUGGGUCUCUGUCACAGAGAAACCCACGACUACAAGUCCUCCUCCAACCUCCACCACCUCUGGCUCCUCUCCUCCUCCCCCCUGGUUGUGGUCCGUUCCAGUCGGUGUCCUGGUUCUCCUGGUUCUCCUGGUUCUCCUGGUUCUCCUGGUUCUCCUGGUUCUACGAUGCAUCCGUAGGAACCCUAAAGCUGAAGUAGAAGCUGGAGAUGAUGACGUCAUAUACAGUGAAGUCACCAUAUCACGUAACCUGCAGCAGCCAAUCAGACGGAGCGGAGAGAGUGAUCCUGCUAUAAUCUACUCCGGAGUGAGAACAGAAGACGUCAGUUACGGACAAAUAGUGAACAAAGACAAGAAAUCAACAGGAAGAGAGCUCCCCAGCAGGCUACUGCACAAAAGAUGCAGACGCAACCACAGAGUCAUAAAAAGUCCUGCACACCCCAAAGGACCUCAGCCUCCUCAGCAGGUGCAGACGGCUUUGGUCCUUUUUGUACAGGGUGUCUGUGUUAUUGGACCAGUCCAGUUUAUUGUUGAGGUGAACACCCAGGGCACCAUCUAUUACAUGCACCGGCGUUGCAGCUUCAACCAAGCCAGGAGAGAUGCCUCUCCGGAUGACGUUGCUGCCGCCGUCCGUCGAUACUCCCAGUGA